CACUUUCUGUCAAAUUUGCAGCUUUUAUCUGUCUCCAGCUCCCGAUAACUCCCCAUUGGAUUAGUAGUAGUACACUACAAAUAACUAAAAAUAAAAAACCAAUCUUUCAUUCAUUUUCUCUUCUACUGUCUCUUUAAAGCUGUGUCUUUUUUUUGAAAAAAAAAUACUUUUUUCUAUGUAAAAGUAUCAGUCCUCUUUGCUUACACAAAACAGGCAAAAAAAAUAUAUAUAUAUUAUGGCAAAGCUGUAAUAAAUAUUUGAUAAUAUAGUUAUAUAUAUACGAAUACUGGUGGCUGCUGUAACAGGGAGUGAAAAAAAAAGGAGAGACAAAGAUUAUGGAACAUGAUGAUAUGUUCAUGGGGAACCGAAGCCAAACUGGUAAUAAGUAUAACCCCAACAAUGCAACCACCAACAGUUUCAACUUCGAGACCACGCUCACUGAGUCUCACGCGCUGAACCACCCGCACCAACAACAACAACGAUACUCUCUUUACGCCGGCGAUGGGUCGAGUCGUAUUCACCAAUCGGCAGAUCCUCAUCUUGUUUGUUUGAAGCUUGGGAAGAGACAUUACUUUGAGGGUUCAACAGAUCUGAACAACAAUCGUCACUCCGCCGGUAUUGGAAAGAAAGGUAAACCCUAUUAUGAUAAUCUUAGCGGCGAAGGAGGUGGACCUUCUUCGUCGACGGGACCGAGGUGUCAAGUUGAAGGGUGUAAUGUUACACUAGUCAACGCUAAAGACUAUCACCGGAGACAUAAAGUUUGUGAAACACACUCUAAAGCACCCAAGGUGGUGGUGUUAGGGUUAGAGCAACGCUUUUGUCAGCAGUGUAGCAGGUUUCAUUUAGUGUCAGAAUUUGACGACUCUAAGAGGAGUUGCAGAAGGAGAUUAGCAGGUCAUAAUGAGCGUAGAAGAAAAACCUCUCAAGAUUCUGCUACCAGGAACUUUGCUCGUGAUAAUAAACCGAUGACUGGGAGUUUUCCGUAUGUAUCGUCGCCAACAGGACGUGCUCUCUCUCUUCUGUCAUCCAAGGUUGAUUCUUGGAUCUCCCCGUCUAAUCUCUCCACAAGAUCUAGUGCCGCCUUGCGUGAGCUGAUUGUGGAAAACCGUGCUGCUGUCCUCGCACGGCAGCUCGUACUCGAGCGAGACUGGCACUAUAUAGGUGAGCCCCAGCCUGCAGGGUCCAAUCCUAUAUUAGUUCAGCAUCACUCAAUGCUUGACCCUCAUGGUUGGGACUUUCCGUUCCCGGAAACCGGUGGUCAAGUCACAUUAGAUCUCAUGCAAGCAUCGAACACGGCGUUUGGAAUGUUGUCGGUGAGGGGAAAAACUAAGGAAGAGGAAGAAGAGUGUUCGGAGUUGUGGCAUUCCCUGCAAGGAACACAUGGAUAGUUCCAACUAUUAUUCUCAUUUCAUUAUUGAUUGUUGGCACUGUAUAAUUAUCCAUUCAUAGUUUGAUUGAAGAACAAUUUGUCACCACUUUGUUCUUUGUAACAUAAAGUUCUCAAAUGUUGUCACUGAACCAUAAAUGCCAAGUGAUUGUUUGUUAA